GAAUGAAUACAGAUGUUCAGAAAAGGAGGUACACAUGGAAGUCAAGUCCGUAAGCAAGGAGGAGGUCUUUAAACGUGAAUGCAAAACAAAAAAAAAGUAUGACUCAGUCUCUGCCUAGAGAUUAAAUUAGAUGAGAGAUGAGACAAAGAAACAGACAUGCAGGCCACGACAAAGUGCCACUUGGCGGUCCAGCCAUAAAUGAGGACGAGGAAUUCUGCAAAGGCACGAACAGAAGACGGGAUCCUAACUCAGGAUUCUUUCUGCUAAUCCAGAUACUUGUUGAAGUGCUGAAUAGUUUCUUGGGGAAAGAUGUCAAGCAAGAGUUGAAACUCAGACUGGCAUAAAAUGCCCAUGUUUCUGCUCUGAAGCUGGGAGUGAGAUGUUCUUGAGUCCUUACAAGUUUCUGAAGAGACCCGUGUGUGGUGCUAUCGAGAAGUUUAUUGGGAAGUUUGAAGACAUUUCAAAUAACAGGUUCUUUUGGUUUUUAAAAGUGGUGGGGCAUUUUAUUUUGUGAAAGGAAGGAGGACUCAGGCCAGAAAACUUGUAUGCUAUGGUUAACUGGUUCCCAGCCUCCGAGAAUCUUGUUUUCCAUGGUGUGAAAUUUACUCAGCAUCAGGAUAAGGGAUAACGACUCUAUGGAUAUACAGAAUCCUUCACCAUGGUAAAACUCGCUAACCCGCUGUAUACUGAGUGGAUUUUGGAGGCCAUCAAAAAAGUGAAGAAGCAGAAACAGCGUCCUUCAGAAGAAAGGAUCUGUAAUGCAGUGUCUUCAUCCCAUGGCUUGGAUCGGAAAACUGUUUUAGAACAAUUGGAGUUGAGUGUUAAAGAUGGAACAAUUUUAAAAGUCUCAAAUAAAGGACUCAAUUCCUAUAAAGAUCCUGAUAAUCCUGGGCGAAUAGCACUUCCCAAACCUCGAAAUCAUGGGAAAUUGGAUAAUAAACAAAAUGUGGAUUAGAAUAAACUCAUCAAACGGGCAGUUGAGGGCUUGGCGGAGUCCGGUGGCUCUACUUUGAAAAGUAUCGAACGCUUUUUGAAAGGUCAGAAGGAUGUGUCUGCAUUAUUUGGAGGCAGUGCAGCCUCUGGCUUUCACCAGCAGUUACGAUUGGCUAUCAAACGCGCCGUUGGCCAUGGCAGACUCCAUAAAGAUGGACCUCUUUAUCGGCUCAACACUAAAGCCGCCGCCAACGGGGAUGGGAAAGAGAGUUGUGAGUCUCUUUCCUGUUUACCUCCAGUGUCACUCCUUCCACAUGAAAAGGAUAAGCCGGUUGCUGAGCCCAUCCCCAUCUGUAGCUUCUGCCUUGGUACAAAAGAACAAAACCGAGAGAAGAAGCCAGAGGAGCUCAUCUCCUGUGCCGACUGCGGCAACAGCGGUCACCCAUCCUGUUUAAAGUUUUCCCCUGAACUAACGGUUAGAGUGAAGGCCUUACGGUGGCAGUGCAUCGAGUGUAAAACGUGCAGCUCCUGUCGAGAUCAAGGCAAAAAUGCAGAUAACAUGCUCUUUUGCGAUUCAUGUGACCGAGGUUUUCACAUGGAAUGUUGUGAUCCACCACUCACCCGGAUGCCAAAAGGCAUGUGGAUAUGUCAAAUAUGUCGACCUAGGAAAAAAGGACGAAAACUUCUACAAAAGAAGGCAGCACAGAUAAAACGACGCUAUGCUAAUCCAAUAGGACGUCCCAAAAACAGGUUAAAGAAACAAAACACGGUAUCAAAAGGUCCCUUCAGCAAAGUUCGAACUGGCCCUGGAAGGGGCCGAAAACGGAAAAUCACUCUCUCCAGCCAGUCAGCAUCAUCAUCAGAAGAGGGAUAUUUAGAGCGAAUAGAUGGCUUGGACUUCUGCAGAGAUGGCAGUGUCCCCUUGAAGUUCAACAAGAAAACCAAAGGGCUUAUUGAUGGCCUUACCAAAUUCUUUACCCCUUCCCCGGAUGGGCGGAAAGCACGAGGGGAAGUGGUAGACUACUCUGAGCAAUACAGAAUCAGGAAAAAAGGCAGCAGAAAAUCAAGCACUUCAGAUUGGCCUACAGACAAUCAGGAUGGCUGGGAUGGCAAGCAAGAAAGUGAGGAGCGGCUCUUCGGGAGCCAGGAAGUCAUGACCGAGAAAGAUAUGGAAUUAUUUCGUGAUAUCCAAGAACAAGCGCUGCAGAAAGUUGGAGUGACUGGUCCCCCUGAUCCACAAGUUCGCUGUCCCUCUGUCAUUGAGUUUGGGAAAUAUGAAAUUCACACCUGGUACUCCUCCCCAUAUCCUCAAGAAUACUCAAGGUUGCCUAAAUUGUAUCUUUGUGAAUUCUGUCUAAAAUAUAUGAAAAGUAGAACUAUUCUACAGCAGCACAUGAAGAAAUGUGGUUGGUUCCAUCCUCCUGCCAAUGAGAUUUACCGAAAAAAUAAUAUUUCUGUCUUUGAGGUUGAUGGGAACGUGAGUACCAUUUAUUGUCAAAACCUGUGUCUCUUGGCAAAGUUGUUUCUCGACCACAAAACACUCUAUUAUGACGUGGAGCCAUUUCUUUUUUAUGUACUAACACAGAAUGAUGUCAAGGGCUGCCACCUUGUUGGCUACUUUUCUAAAGAGAAGCACUGCCAGCAGAAAUACAAUGUUUCCUGUAUAAUGAUUCUUCCCCAGUACCAGCGUAAGGGCUAUGGCAGGUUUCUCAUCGAUUUCAGUUACUUGUUGUCAAAGCGUGAAGGCCAAGCAGGGUCUCCGGAGAAGCCGCUGUCCGAUCUAGGGCGCCUUUCCUACAUGGCUUACUGGAAAAGUGUCAUACUGGAGUGCCUUUAUCACCAAAAUGACAAACAGAUCAGCAUUAAGAAGUUAAGCAAGCUGACUGGAAUCUGCCCGCAGGACAUAACUUCUACACUCCACCACCUACGGAUGCUGGACUUCCGCAGUGACCAAUUUGUGAUUAUCCGCCGGGAAAAACUGAUCCAGGACCACAUGGCAAAGCUUCAGCUGAAUUUGCGGCCUGUGGAUGUGGACCCAGAGUGUCUACGCUGGACUCCUGUCAUCGUGUCCAACUCUGUGGUCUCGGAAGAGGAGGAAGAGGCUGAGGACGGAGAGAACGAAGAGCCGCAGUGCCAGGAAAGGGAGCUAGAGGCCAGUGUUCCAUCCAUGUCUCGGGAGAGCAAAGAACAAGAUUCUUAUUCUUCAGUAGAAAGUGAAAAGAAACCAGAAGUUCUGGCUCCGGCCAGUUCUACACGCUUGAAUAAACAAGUCCUUCCCCGCGAUAGUCUCCCUGCAAAUAGUCAGCCAUCACGGCGGGGGCGCUGCGGGAGGAAAAACAGAAAAGCCCAGGAACGUUUUGGUGACAAAGAUUCCAAACUCCUCUUGGACGAGACAUCAUCCACUCCUCAGGAGCAGUAUGGGGAAUGCGAGGAGAAGUCAGAGGCUUCCCAGGAACAGUUCACUGAAAGUGAAGAACAGUUGGUGGCCCCCGUGGAGCAGCCAGGCCAGGAUGGGAAGCCAGACCUGCCCAGGAGAAGACUGAGCGAGGGGGUGGAGCUGUGGCGGGGACAGCUGAAGAAGAGCCCCGAGGGUCCGAAGUGCAGGUUACCAGAAGGGAAUGACAGACUGCCCCGACGGUACAGUGACGGCGAUAGGGCUCUCCUCAGGGGCUUCAGUGAGAGCAGCGAGGAGGAGGAAGAGCCCGAAAGCCCUCGGUCGAGCUCGCCACCCAUUCUCACAAAACCCACGUUGAAGCGAAAGAAACCAAUUCUUCACAGAAGGAGGAGAGUCCGGAAGCGCAAACACCACAAUAGCAGUGUGGUCACAGAAACGAUCUCCGAGACCACCGAGGUCUUAGAUGAACCUUUUGAAGACUCUGACUCGGAGAGGCCAAUGCCGAGAUUAGAACCCACAUUUGAGAUUGAUGAAGAAGAAGAGGAAGAGGAUGAAAACGAGCUCUUUCCGAGAAGAUACUUCCCUUUGCCAUCACAGGAUGUUCUCAGGUGCCGGUCGUCCUCUAAGAGGAAGUCUAAAGAUGAGGAGGAAGAUGAGGAGUCGGAUGACGCCGACGACACUCCUAUCCUAAAGCCAGUGUCUCUCUUGCGAAAAUGUGAUAUGAAGAAUUCCUCACUUGAGCCAGAUACUUCCACACCCAUGAAAAAGAAAAAGGGGUGGCCCAAGGGCAAGAGCCGCAAACCAGUCCACUGGAAGAAAAGACCCGGGCGGAAGCCAGGAUUUAAGCUGAAUCGGGAAAUCAUGCCUGUUUCUACUCCAGAAUGCAUCUCUGAGCCCAUCGUCCCCAUUCCUAAGGCUGGACGCAAACCCAGAAUUCAAGAGAAUGAAGAAACUGUUGAAUCAAAAGAAGACUUGCCUUUAUCCGAAGAAAGGAAGGAAGAGAUGCAUGUGGAAGCAGAAGAGGCUGAAGAGGGCGAAGAAGAGGACACAGCUGGCAGUGAGGUCAGAGCAGCUUCCCCCGUGGACAGCAGCAACAGCCCUGAGCCGGAGCCCAAGGAGCCGGAGGUGGAGGUGGAGGAGGAGGAGGAGGAGAAGCCCCGCCUUGCAGAGGAGCAGAGGCAGUCGGAGGAGGAGCAGCCAGAGCUGGAAGAGCAGGAGCCAGAGGAGGAAGAUGAGGCCACUGUGGAGACAAGCCAGAAUGACGACCAUGACGCAGACGAUGAGGACGACGGCCAGCUGGGGUCUGCGAGGAAGAAGGAGCUCGAGGAGCAGCCUGCCAGAGAAGACGCCAAGGACGAGCCCGGUGGCCAGGAGGCUUUUUUAGACGCGGACACACAGAACAGUAGGGAGACCGCAAAGGACAAAGACGACACAGAGCCGGAGUCUGAGGAGGAGCAGCCUUCCCACGAGACGUCCGUGGUGUCCGAGCACAUGCCAGGAUCUGAAGAUGAUCACGAAGAGGAUUCGAACACGAAGGAAGAGCUGAUAGAAUUAAAAGAGGAGGAAGAGAUUCCCCACAGCGAGCUGGACCUGGAGACCGUGCAGGCAGUGCAGUCCCUGACGCAGGAGGAGAGCAACGAGCACGAGGGCGCCUACCAGGACUGUGAAGAGACGCUGGCCGCCUGUCAGACCCUGCAGAGCUACACGCAGGCUGACGAGGACCCUCCCAUGUCCAUGGUCGAAGACUGCCAGGCUUCGGAACACAACAGCCCCAUCUCCUCUGUCCAGUCUCAUCCCAGCCAGUCGGUCCGUUCGGUCAGCAGUCCCAACGUGCCUGCCCUGGAGAGCGGUUACACCCAGAUCAGCCCGGAGCAGGGUUCCCUGUCCGCGCCCUCUAUGCAGAACAUGGAGACCAGCCCCAUGAUGGAUGUGCCUUCCGUAUCAGACCACUCUCAGCAGGUGGUGGACAGUGGCUUCAGCGACCUGGGCAGCAUCGAGAGCACCACAGAGAACUACGAGAACCCGAGCAGCUACGACUCCACCAUGGGCGGCAGCCAGCAGCCGCCGCCGCCCCCGCCCCAGCAGCAGCCACCGCUGUCACAGUGCAGUAUGAACAACAGUUUCACUCCAGCGCCUAUGAUCAUGGAGAUCCCGGAGUCGGGGAGCACUGGGAACAUCAGUAUCUACGAGAGGAUUCCCGGGGACUUUGGUGCCGGCAGCUACUCCCAGCCGUCAGCCACCUUCAGCUUGGCCAAGCUGCAGCAGCUGACCAACACCAUUAUGGACCCUCAUGCCAUGCCUUAUAGCCAUUCUCCUGCCGUGACUUCCUAUGCAACCAGCGUCUCUCUGUCGAACACAGGACUGGCUCAGCUAGCUCCAUCUCACCCAUUGGCCGGGACCCCUCAAGCACAAGCCACCAUGACGCCACCCCCAAACUUGGCAUCCACGACCAUGAACCUCACAUCACCUCUGCUACAGUGCAACAUGUCCGCCACCAACAUUGGCAUUCCUCACACUCAGAGGUUGCAGGGGCAGAUGCCAGUCAAAGGGCACAUUUCCAUCCGCUCCAAAUCUGCACCACUGCCCUCCGCGGCUGCCCACCAGCAGCAGCUGUAUGGCCGCAGCCCACCAGCAGUCGCCAUGCAGGCCGGCCCUCGUGCACUGGCUGUUCAGCGUGGCAUGAACAUGGGGGUUAACUUAAUGCCCACCCCCGCCUAUAAUGUCAAUUCCAUGAAUAUGAACACCUUGAAUGCCAUGAACAGCUAUCGGAUGACGCAGCCCAUGAUGAACAGCAGUUACCAUAGUAACCCUGCCUACAUGAACCAGACAGCACAGUAUCCUAUGCAGAUGCAGAUGGGGAUGAUGGGGAGCCAGGCCUAUACCCAGCAGCCUAUGCAGCCAAACCCUCAUGGCAACAUGAUGUACACUGGCCCCUCCCAUCACAGCUACAUGAACGCUGCUGGCGUGCCCAAGCAGUCGCUCAACGGCCCUUACAUGAGGAGAUGAGCAGGGCGGACUUGCAGUGAGACUCUGAGAUAUAUAUAAAUAAAGGAACCUUUUAUACUGACAAACCAGAGAAAAAUGGACCUUUUUUUCCAGUUAAAAUAUUGCUGUAGAUUUAGAGGAAUUUUUCUUUGGUUUCUUUUAUUUUUUAGAAAACCUGAUCUUCCCCUUUAUUGGGUUCGUUUUGUUCUGGGUUUUGGUUUUCUUCAUAAUCUUGAACAUUUUACAGUAGAACUCACCUAAAAACGGAUUUGGGGAUGGGGAAACAUGCACAAAAUCUUUUCAUAAUUAAAAAGAGCCUUACUUUCUUUACACACCACAUGGACAGCAUUUGUGUAAAAGUGAAUUAUCCUUAUUUCAUCUUGAAAUGUAUGUUCCCCCUCACUGUUUGCAGCUCCCAGUGUGGUCAUUUUUAAAUGUUAGAUACACCUCUGUCUCCAGGGACAGCCGGACCCUUCCCUCCAGCCCGACCCUCACGUCCUACUUCAUUCCAGCAGGAGGCACUUACGGGAGACUCGGGUGGGAGGACAACCUUAAAGCUCCUUACACUUACUCUGUUUGUUGUUGUUGUUGUUGUUAUUAUUAAUAAUAAAGCGAGGCAGGAAAAUGCUUCUUUUAAAAUCCCCUCCACUCCCUGUAUACACACACACACACACACACACACACAAGCACGCAUGCACACACCCCACUUGAAACCUUUCCCCAAAAAUGUUUGUUUCUAGACGGACUUCAUUGAAAUCUUUGUUUUUCCUGAAUCGAGUGUAAUAGAAUUUUUCUUGCCUUUUUUUUUUUUUUUUAAACUAUUCCCACUCAGCACUCAGAGACACAAAACAAUACUAUAAGUGUCAAGGAACCGCAGAGUCUCAGAGGAAAGCUAUUUGCAACCCUAAUCCAGCCUUUGGAGGAGUAGAGAUGGUCAGUUAACAAUCAGAAAGAGGAAGUCGGCCUCUUUACCGCCUGCUGAAUCAGCCAUGACGCACACACCCCACCCGCCUCUGUUCUUAGUAUGUACGCUGAGAUGUUCACUAAGGGUCUUGAUUCUUGAGCCUUGGACUCCGAUAGGACUCAGAAAGCAGUCCCCAGUGAUUCGCCUCACAUUCUUGCAUAAAGUGUUGGUGGAUGACUACCGUUCGGUGAUUUGAAAAAUUCCUGACAAACCUUUGACACUGUUUAUUUUAUGUUGGAAGAGGUGAUGCCGAAUGUGUGCCGGAAGGGAGAUGAUGGUGCGAGCGUUCCAGCUCCGUCAGUAAUACAUACCUCUCGUUGUCAUUUGUCUCCGGAGAUCCGAGUUCAUCCCCUGUGAAUCGGAGUGCGCCAGCCCCUCUCCUGCGAGUGGCUGAUGAGAAGAGGGAUAGACCAACCACCAGCAUAGCAGGGCAGCCCAGACAGCGGGGUUCUGGCAGGUCACGUGUGGUUCCUAACCCAUUCUCUUCCCUUGUGCAGCCAGUCUGCCCACUCUCUUCCUGUUACUUGCUCCAGGGAUCGGCUGUAACACACACACACACACACACACACACACACGUAUAUGAAUAUAUACACACACACACCAUCAUUAGAAGAUGGAAGCUUUUAUACCACUCGGUAUGUGCCGUCUAACAUCCAAAGGGGGAAGUACUGCUUAAAGAAAUACCAGUAAGCACCGAAUUCUCUCCUUUAUUUGUACAUUUUAUAUAGGUGAAUUUUUAAAGUACUAAUUAGGCAUUAAAUUUUUUCAGAUGCACAGGUUUGUUGGUUUUUUUAUAUACACUUUAAUUGACUCUCUCAAUUGAGUGUGUUAGCUAGCAGAAGGCAGAAUCCCACAUCUGACCGCUGUCCACUCAGCAUGUGCAAGGCCGUGUAGGACCCAGGUUCUCUGUAUAUACCGUUCCAGUUCCCAGUCCUCUGUAGAAAGUGCACUGUGGUGCCCUCUCCCUACAUCUUCAGCUAUGUCAUUGCUUCCUGGUUGGGGUGGGGAUGGGGUGGGACGGGGAGGGAGGCAUAUUGGGAGGAGGGUGGGUCAAGGCAGAAGGAGAAGCUGUUGAAAGGAGAACCGUGAAUUCAGUUUCUGUUGGUUUGCAGUUGUGUUUGGUUUUGUUUCUUUAAAAAAAAAAAAAAAAUCAAUCGGGCAGCUCCCUUUUCCACAAGCCUCUUUGUGACUGUAGAACUAUUGUAGAAAAAAAAAAUGUUCUUUUCUAUAUUAUAAAAGAAAUUAUCCAACACAGUAAUAUUGGUACCUGUCAUUUUUUCACUUCUGUUUAAAAAAAAAUGUAUUUUUAGCAAGAUAACUUGGGUAAUCUUCUAAAAAAGAAAUUUAAAAACUCACUGUUAGUGACUUUGAUGCCUUUUAAAAUAAGAGCUUUUUCAUUUCAUUCCAUCUUUAAAAUUUUUUAUCUUUGUUGUAGAAUAUUAAAAACUAUUUUAAGAAAGAUAAAAAUUCUCUUUAAAGAGAUCUCUAGAGUGUGUGAAUAGAGCUCCAGAUGCCUCUAAAAGCCGCAUGUACAAAUGAAGCAACGUCUAUCCCUGUCUGUUUAUAUUUGCUUUUCCUGUUUUGUAACCUCUUUGUACCUUGUUCAUGGUGACUUGUAAGCUCAGGGGAAGGGGUGCCCAGAUGCCUUUGCAUCUCUCGUCAUGCGCUCCUGGGCCGGGUGGCCUCCCUUCCUCUCCUUGUAUGUAAUAUCUUUUUUUUCCCCUUUCUAGCAAGUACUUUCAAAAGAACUGUACAUUUUAACAUAAAAAAAAAUAAAUUAUGUUGAGCCAUUUUGGA